CACAGAAGAGGAAACUGAGGCACGGGGGUGGGGUGGGUAAGAUGAUUAGUAUGGAAGGCAACUGCAUCCGAGAGGGGGUGCCCAGCGCAGAGGUCACCGGAAACGGUCAUUCACGGGCUAGGGUAGGAGAGGCCAGAGCAGCGCAGACUGACCUAUGACGUCAUCGGUACGCUAAGCAGCGUAGCAUCACCUGGACGUAGCUCCAUUUCCUUUCCCGGACAGGUCCUCUGGUAGUCGGGCAGAGUCUGAAUCAAGCCUCUCAUUGGCUACGCACUCCGUCAAUCCGUUUCAUUCUUCCAGUCUUCCGCCCCGCCUUCCUGAGCCAACCUCUGAUAGGCUGCCGCGGCAGUCACUUUAGAAAGGUCCGCAUUCCUUCCGCCUUUCUCCAGGAGACCGAGGGCGAGGAGGGUGUAUCCCCGGCAGCGUCCACCCCCUGGACUCUGAUUCCAUCUCUCAUUGGCUGAGCUGGGUGCCGGUCGCUACUCCACCCGCUGCCCAUUGGCCAACCUACAGCCGCUCUGCGCGGCGCCGGCUCCGCCCCCGUCGGGUGUUUGUGGUGGGGCUGCGGAGUCGCCGAUCCCGCCGGAAGCGCCAGGACAAUGGGGACCCGGGACGACGAGUACGACUACCUAUUCAAAGGAAGGAGAAAUGCCAGCAUGGGAGGGCAGCCCGGAGAGCCCUGGGCCUGGUCCCUCCUCUCCAGCCCGGCCAGCCCACGCCUGCUCUGCUCCCUGUGUCCCUCAGCUGCUUUGGGCCAGCCCUGCUGCACACGUCAUGGCGCCUGGGUGGUGCUCAUCGGGGACUCAGGCGUGGGCAAGAGCAACCUGCUGUCGCGCUUCACCCGUAACGAGUUCAACCUGGAGAGCAAGAGCACCAUUGGCGUGGAGUUCGCCACCCGCAGCAUCCAGGUGGACGGCAAGACCAUCAAGGCGCAGAUCUGGGACACCGCCGGCCAGGAGCGCUACCGCGCCAUCACCUCCGCGUACUACCGUGGCGCAGUGGGCGCUCUGCUGGUGUACGACAUUGCCAAGCACCUGACCUACGAGAACGUGGAGCGCUGGCUGAAGGAGCUGCGGGACCACGCCGACAGCAACAUCGUCAUCAUGCUGGUCGGCAACAAGAGCGACCUGCGCCACCUGCGGGCCGUGCCCACGGAUGAGGCCCGCGCCUUUGCAGAGAAGAACAACCUGUCCUUCAUCGAGACCUCAGCCUUGGAUUCCACCAACGUAGAGGAAGCAUUCAAGAACAUCCUCACAGAGAUCUACCGCAUCGUGUCACAGAAGCAGAUCGCCGACCGCGCCGCGCACGACGAGUCCCCCGGCAACAACGUGGUGGACAUCAGCGUGCCGCCCACCACCGACGGACAGAAGCCCAGCAAGCUGCAGUGCUGCCAGAGCCUGUGACCGCGCCGCGCCGGCGUCCCUGCGUGCGUGCACGUCCUCGUCCUCGGCCCUCGUCCUCGUCCUCGUCCUCAGCCCGGCCCCUCUCCCGGCCCCCAGUGACCGGCUCCUCCCGCCCUCCCGCGGGCAUCUCGGCAGGAAGGACAGGGCCGGCCAGCGGCGAGGAAGACGGGCCGACGGAGCUGGCUUCUCCUGCUUUUCCGCGGCAGACUCCAGGGAGCGAUCACCUCCCUCCCCGCCCGGCCAGUGGGCCCAGCAGGUCCCUCCUCACCCAGAACCCGGGCCGGGCAGGCGACGCUCCGGGCUCUCGGCAUCCCGCCCGCCCCUCCACGCACCGCCCGCGCCGGCUCGCCCGCCCGCGCCCUCCCGCCUGUAGGUUGGAGCUGGGAGCAGACCCCGUCCCGCCCGCCCGCCCCUCUGCACGCCGCGCGCCCCUGCCCGCCCGCCCCUCUGUCUCGUCUCCCCGUGCGGUCAGGAGCCUGUCUGAGUGAAGCAAUAUCUCCGUGUUUUGUACAUACAACCGCUCUUGUAGCCUUUGGUUUUUGUUAUUGUAGAGAAACACAGAUUCUUUAUACACUUUGUAAGAUUUACGCCGGCCCUAGCUCUCGAUCUCUUCUUCGCCCUGUGGCCCCUGCACUGUUGCCCGUUACUAAAAAUGUAUACGCCGACUUCCUGUACAGAAA